AUGGGAAAUUCAUUUGGAUGUUCAGCAUCCGGAGAGCGAUUAGUUUCAGCAGCAAGAGAUGGAGAUCUUCAAGAGGCCAAGGCCUUGCUGGAAUGUAAUCCUCGCCUGGCAAGGUACUCGACUUUUGGUGUUCGUAAUUCCCCUCUCCAUUAUUCUGCAGCUCAGGGCCACCAUGAGAUAGUCUCUCUCUUGCUAGAGUCUGGAGUCGAUAUCAAUCUCAGGAAUUAUCGUGGUCAGACUGCUUUGAUGCAAGCUUGCCAACAUGGUAAUUGGGAGGUUGUUCAGACAUUGGUUCUUUCUAAAGCCACAAUUCACAGAGCAGAUUAUCUGAAUGGGGGUACUGCACUCCACUUUGCUGCUUUGAAUGGUCAUUCUCGGUGCAUCCGGCUCCUCCUUGUUGAUUACAUUCCCAGCACUCCGGAUUUUUGGAGUACCUUAAGGAAUGCAUCGAGCAAUGAAGAAUCGAUUGCUGAGUUUAACCAUGAUGUUUUGGUCCAGAUAAUUAAUAGGCCUGCUGAUGGAGGAAUCACUGCGCUGCAUAUGGCAGCGUUGAACGGCCAUGUUGAAAGCGUACAACUACUUUUGGAUUUAGGGGCUUCUGUUUUUAAAGUUACUGUGCAAGAUGGAACUACAAUUGAUCUAAUAGGUGCUGGAAGCACAGCCCUACAUUACGCUGCAUGCGGAGGAAAUGCACAGUGUUGUCAAAUUUUGAUUUCCAGGGGUGCCAGUCUGAAUGCUGAAAAUGCAAAUGGAUGGACUCCCUUGAUGGUGGCCCGUUCAUGGCAUAGAGACUGGCUCGAGGAAAUCCUAAGCACAGAGCAGCAAGUCCAGUCACAAAUUCUUCCUUCACCGUACCUAUCCCUUCCCCUUAUGAGUAUUGUGAAGAUUGCUAGGGAAUGUGGAUGGAGGAACAGUGAUUCUUUAUCUACAUGCCAAGAUCCAUGUGUAGUCUGUUUGGAACAGCAGUGCACAGUGGCUGCAGAAGGUUGUGAUCAUGAGUUUUGCACAAGAUGUGCCUUGUACCUUUGUUCCACAAACUGCACUACAACUGUGUCUCAUGGUCCCCCAGGCUCAAUUGCAUGUCCUCUCUGCCGAAGUGGCAUAGUUUCAUUUGUGAAGCUUAGAGGAACAAGAUCAGUGGUUAAGGAGAAUCCAAGAACAAGUUUAUCCCUAUCGUUGUGCUCGUGUUCAACUGAGGAGCCAGAUUCCGCCUCAAUAACAACCCCAUUAUGCAAGCCUGAGUUCCGUUGCUCUGGUAAAUCUGCUCUCGGAUCUUUCCGGUCCUUAAGCUGCCAGAAGUUCCCAUCAUUCAAGAUCAACUACAACCUUUGCAUGGGAGCUCCAAAUAUUAAUCCUUGUUUGGUUCCAAGCUCCGGUAAUAGGAAGUUGCGGAACCAUUUGGCUAGGUGCUCUAGAUCCGGCUUUAGACGAUCAGCAUCUCAACCUGAAGGCAGAAGGUCGUGGUUUUCUGCACUCAAUCAAAAUGUAACGACUGGCAGUGGAUGCUGA